UGCAAAUGUGAAAUCGACGUCAAAUUCGUCACUACAAUGCUUGUGGCUAACUGGCUGUGUUCGUCGCACACUGUGACGAUUGGUUGUUAUGAAACUUCUCGGCCUCGAGGUACAGUAGUCUACUCACGUCUCGGAAGUGAUAUAUUUGACUUACCUGUCGAAUGACAUACGGGAAGUCACGAAAUGACUCUUAAAGACAUUUUAGUUAGUUACAUUUGUUAUCCCAGAUACCAUGUUAGCAGUUCCUCAUGCUAUCGUUAGCUUAUCAGUCCACCGUGUGACGUAGAAUAUGUGGGACGAAUGGACCUCAGUUUUAUUUCAAGUUUUAUUUAUGAUAAACUAACUUGUUCAUUGCAUGCUGCAUAGUUACUGAUUACCAGACACUAGUUAAUAUUUGAUUGUUUAGACUCCGUUGGACCUGACAACCCGCAGUUUCAUGCUGUACUCGAGCAUUUUUACAUAGUUUGUCCGUUAGUCUUUUUUUCCUGUCAUCCACUCUGUUUCUGCGUUGAAACAUCUGCUACAAUGCAUGUUAAAGAGGACAUCAUAGCCAUUUUAGAGCAGUUUGACAUCGGGAACAAAUUAUCUUCUCUACCGGUGCUACCCAAAGCCUCAGUGCUGAUCCCACUGAUGGUGAAGAAUGGAGAGUUGCACACCAUGAUGACCCUGCGAUCAAAAGAGCUGCGGACCAGUGCUGGUGAGGUGUGUUUCCCGGGUGGGAAGAGAGACCCCAGUGACAGAGAUGAUGUGGACACAGCUCUGAGAGAGGCCGAGGAGGAGAUAGGUCUCCCACCUGAAGAUGUUCAGGUGGUCUGUAGACUGGUCCCUAUCAUCAAUAAGAGCGGUUUGUUGGUGACCCCGGUGGUUGGCUUCAUAGACGAGUCAUUUUGUCCCUGUCCAAACCCAGCUGAGGUCAGUGCUGUGUUCACUGUCCCCCUGGACUUCUUCACCAGCGACAAGGACCACUAUGCCACCCAUGGUGUUGCCGGGACAACGGGGAUGCUGCACUCUUUCCAUUUUGUGGACGCUGAUUCAGGAAGCCAGUAUCACAUAUGGGGCCUCACUGCCAUGUUUGCCAUACUGGUCGCUGCCCUGGCUCUCAAGAAAAAACCUGACUUUCAUGUUGCUUUUGACCCAGAAGAUCCAAUAUCCUUCUUCCAACAGGUUCUACACAGAAGAACGAGUAAACUAUGACCAGCUGUGUCCUGAUGCUUGUAAUGCAUUUGUGCCGAUACAAAUACCUGAAGCAGAAGUGUUUUAUAAUUGUUGUUCCUUCAUAUAUAGCCUUGUGAAGAUAAGAAUACAUUUAGUAAUGUGAAAUAUUUGCUUGAGAAGAUUAAUAUAUAAAACUUUCAGAACUAUUCACUUAUGAGAAAAAAAACACAUACGUUUUAAUUUUUAUUAAUUCAUUUAAUGUAGCAGCAGGAUUACAGAUAUAAACAGAAGAGUAUACAAAUGUCCAGACCAAGGCAAAGUACAUGUUAAUAAUAGUUCAGAUGUAUGAUAACACACUGGGGUUGACCUUUAUCCCGACUGCGGGGUCUUAAGGCUAGAUACUAAAGCUCAAGCUACACAGAACGGAUACAACAAAACUGUUGGAGAAUGUGAAAUAGAAAGCGAACUAGGAAAAGUGAGCUAACUGAGUACACACAAGAUACAGCUCACACUAUUGGCAAUUAACAGUUAAUUUAUCAUGGUUGCUCCUUUUGAUCAAGCAGUUCACAGCAACAAUAGUAAUGUUGACAAGCACAUCAACACAAGAUAGCUCUCCAUAAAACAAUCUCCACGGUCUCGUCCCUUUUACCUCACAUGUACAAAUCUCAUGAGGCAUGAAAAACAUUUUCAACAGAAAGUAACAAACAAGUUGACAAUUCACUGGUGAAGCUGCACGAUGUUGUACAAAUAAAAUAUAUCUGUAUGGGCUAUGGUAAUGCUUGUGUUUAGAAAUAAAGAUUACAUCACAAAAAGGUGUCUUGAUGUUCAACAGUCCUAGAGAAUAAAAAGGACAAGGAGCCAAAUAGUAUGACACGAAAGGGACACCAGUAAACACAGCAGAGUAACAGUUAAGUUAUCAAGGCACACAAAGUUCUGUUGAAAGCAUCACAAUUGAAAUUCAAGAUACCCCUGCAGUAUAUUUCACAUUUAAAUAUACAUGGAUAUUCAUUACAUGACUGAAGGACAAAACUGAUAUUUUGUAAAGAUUUGUGUGCUAUCUUCACCACCUUUUAAAUUAAUGUUUCACAUGUUUUGUUUCAGGUGGUAGUGGCUAUUCGAAGAGUCAGACUGAGCAUCCUGGAUUGCUCAAAAUGAAACUGGACGUGAAAAAACAUGAAAUUACACCAAAAUCCAAGACUAAACAAUCUGACAAAAUGUACAGUGAUACAAAUGACAGUUGGUGCCACCCCCACCCUCAAAAUAUAUGUUCUUUAAAACUGUAAUUGGUCCGAUGUCAGAUGCAGAGCAAGCUCUAUGUCCACACCAUGAGGUAAAAUGUACAUUCAUGAAACUGAAGUCACAGGUUGGCUUUCUGUGUUGGUAUGGCUUUAAGAGGCAUUACUUUUCCGCACUUCUUCCGCAACAUCAUGUGCUCUUAAACUCCCCAAGAGGACUGGAAUGCUUGGAAACAUUACUACUGCGCUCUAACCUGAUCUACAGUUAAUGGAUGAGUCAAAGUGCCAUUUGAGAUGCAUGACAUAAAAAACAAACACACAAGAAAAACCUAGCCCAUGUAUUAUGUUAUACAGGUUGGGUAAAGUCAUUUUUAUAAACAGUAUAAUUAAGUUCCAACAUAUUUGCUUGAUGUCCACUUAAUUACAUUACUAAUAUCAGUCACGCACUUCACAAUAAACCUGCGCUUCAUUUCAGGAAAACAUACCAGCAAUGAUAUAUUCUGUGCUAUGAGCAUAAACCAAAAAGUUUAGUUUUACAAAAAUACUCUGCAUUUUUGAUACAUGGAUACAAAAUUCUAAAAAAGAUAAGUUACUUUAAAACAGAUCACGAACAACUGCAGGAAAAAAUAGUAUGACUAUGAAAAUGUAAACAAAUGCAUAUGUGAGCAACAUUAUUCUAACAUUUGAAUUAUUCUCAAAAAUUGUCUUUAUGAUAAUGCCAAAAUUGGCCACUUUUAUAGAUAUGGAAAGUACAGCCGUUAUAUUUUGCAUCAAAAAAUAGAGUAAUGAAUCAAAUUGGUGGAAAUGUUUAGAGGAAAACUGAUCCAUGACACAAAGUACCUUUACGUAUCUUUUAUAAAUCUUGCACUCAAAAACAUGCUGAAUCACUAUCCAUGUAAGAGCUGCAUAACUUAAAUGAGUAAGUACGAAUGAGUAAACAUUAUGAUAGCAUUUGCAAGGACAUGAAUGAGACAAGAUGAUUCACAACAGGAGCUUUGGUAUGCCUGGGUGCGCUCCAGUCUGACCCCACAACAACAGCCAGCUCUAGACUCAACGCCGCUUCAAAACUAACAAUUAUUGUCAGUGCUA